UGUCAGACUCUCAGGCUGCAGGAAGAGAAGAGUCACUGGGCGCUCUCUCUCUCACACACACACACACACAGACAGACACACACAGACAGACAGACAGACAGAGCAGCUCACCGUAGAGAAACAUGGGAGUCGAGAUCGAGACCAUCAGCCCCGGAGACGGACGGACUUUCCCCAAAGCAGGACAGACGUGUGUGGUGCAUUAUGUGGGCUUCCUGACAGACAGAACCAAGUUUGACUCUUCUCGGGACAGGGAGAAACCUUUCAAGUUCAAGAUCGGCAGGAAGGAGGUCAUCACUGGCUGGGACGAGGGAGUGAAGCAGAUGAGUGUCGGUCAAAGGGCCAAGCUGACCUGCUCGCCUGAUUAUGCGUACGGAAAACAAGGCCACCCGGGCGUCAUCCCUCCCAACGCCACCCUCAUCUUUGAAGUGGAACUACUGGCACUGGAGUGAAACAAACCCACAGCCUUUUUCUGUGUCGUGAGACUACCGACCUGAACGACCCGCAGAGAAACGAGAGGAGUCUGCACUUGAUUCUGUGAGAGGCUUGAGUUUAAUAGUUCCACGACUUAUUUCGUCAAACUACGACAGUUUGUGUUCUUUUUGUCUUGAGUUAAACCUAUUUUUUUUCCAUCAUAUUCUUUCUUCCUCUGGAGAGUUUGGGCCAUAACCAUAACAUCCUCUAUGUUGUUCAUCUUGAAUAAUUUUUUUGAUUUAUGCUUUAAUUUGUGUUAUUUUGUGUGUUUUUGUUGGUAAGAGCGACAUUCACCCCCCGUAAUAAGCUAAUGUGUGUUGAUAGUAUAAAGGUUCCAGAGUUGGUGCUUCUUUUAUAACGAACCAAAUAAGGAAAAACACUUGUAUCCAGCUUGUGUUGGAUUUAGUGGCCACAUGGAGUGAGACUCCGUCCUUAACGGCGCGACACAGGAACUGUGCUCUCAUUUAAAUUGUAAACCCAAGUGUGAGCCCAAUGGGCCGAUUGGCGCCGAGAAGAACCCGUCCCAGUUGUAGAUGUAGAGUUCUAACAUGUGCCUACAUUUUCUCAUCAGACACGUGGACGUAGCGGCCUUGCCCCCUCCGUCUGCAUGUUCAAGGAAAUCUCCGUAUGUAGAUGUUGUGCGCUUUGCAUCAGCGUUAGCACUGCCUCCUCAACUCUUUAAACCCCAUUUAAAGCCAUAUACAGCAGGUAGAACAGCGCACAGAUCAAAUGGAAAAAAAUAAAGAGAAAUGCUUGAAAUUUAGGGGGAAAAAAUGGGGGGGGGGGGGGGUUAAUGAGAAAUCAAUGAAAUUAUGACUUUGUUUUUGUGGUAUUAUUUUAAUUGUGUAAUUUUUCAUAUGCCAACUUUCUAUUUCUGAGAAUCAACAAAGUUAAUGUACGCAUAAUCUAUCACGACAGAUGAUGAUGAUGAUGUGCUCUUUUUUUGUAGGUUUUAUUUUAUAGAGUCAGUUAACAGUACCACACUGCCUAACUACAUACAUACGGUAUGUGUGGGUGCAGGAUCUUAGCGGUUUUAAAUGGAGUUUAAAUGAAGGAAAGCGCUGGCCCCGGCCAUCAGAUACUGACUGUGGCUGUUAAUGUUACAUGUUAUUAGCCAAAGCUGCAGCUGGUAUGGCAGCAGUCCACCUCUAUACUGUGUAGUUAUGUGCUGAUAUGUCACUGUGUGCAGGCGAAACCAAUGAUGGCAUAUUUAAAAUAAAAAGAAGUGCUCUCCA